CGAAAAAGUGUAAGUCCGUAGACGCAAGGCUUAAGAUAGUUAGAAAAGAAAAGUUUAAAAGUUGCAACUUUUGCAAAGGAGAUCCCUGAGAAUAACCCACUGCUGAACCGGAAAGAUAUGCAAAUAUGGACUUCCACAUACUGAUCGUCAUCGGUUGUGUGGUCAGCGCCUCGCUGCUCUCGUUCCUGUUCAUCAACAAGAUCUUCAGGCGGAAGACUUUUGAGGAGGUAGUGGCCGAAAAGCGUGCACUGAGCGCUAAUCUCUACAAGGCGGCCGGAGGAGCAGCUGCUAAGAAGCCUAAGAAGAAGGAACUUAAACGCGAAAAGAAACAACGCCAGCGUGAACAGCAACGCGAUGUGAACACUGAGCCGGAACCUGAGGAACCCGAAGAUUACUCCGAUGGUCAAUCGGAGGGUCAGGGAUCGGUGGCUGAUGAGGAACCUGGUCUAUCCAAACAGCAUGUUGAGUUCGAACCCGAUGCAGAGAUCCUCAAUGAGCAGCGUCGACCCAGUAGCGUUGCUGAAAAGGAGAACCAACCAUCCGGCAAAAAGGGCAAGAAGGAUAAGCGCAACGGAGCCAACAGCAAGACCGCCGGUAUCCUGGUCAACAAGAACGAAACUGUUGCUGUCAAAGCGACAGUCACCUCCGAGGAGGCACCAUCUUUGAACAACUUUGAGACCAAGGUACCCAAGGAUGUGGUGGAAUUGAAAAAGCAGGAGCAGAAGGAGCGAAAGGAGGACAACAACAACAAACAACAGACGCAGAAGAAGAUUGGUGGAGGUAAUGUAGCCAAGAAGGAAAAGCCCGUUGCUGCUGAAACAGAGGCACCGGUUGUCACUAAGCAGAUCCUUAAGCAGCAACAACAACAGCAGAAUGGCUCACCCAAAACCCAGCACAACCAGGCUAAUAACAAGACCAAGCAGCAACAGCAAAAUAAGAAACAGAAUCAAAAGGACACCCUUACGGCCAAGGAUUUGGCUCUGGCUCUGGACAAACUGGCCGAUCACCAGAACCAAACUAUUGGCGUUAACGCGCUUAUGAACGUGUUUUCCCGAGCCGAGCUUAAUCGCUCAGAGAUUCAGAUACUCAUCGACUAUUUGCUGAACAAGCAACAAGACAUGCCCUCUUCGCACUCCGAGUGGUCGGAUGAUAUCUGCCAGAAGCUAAAGCGCCAGUUGGAGGAAAAGGAAAAGUUGCUGGUCGAGGAGCAGGAGGCAUCCAUUGGUAUUCAGGCUAAACUUCGCGAGCUGCGACAGGAGGUUAACACUGAACGCGCCCAGAUGCACGCACGCAAUCAGGCCUACGUUGACAAGCUGCAAGGCAAGGAACAGGAGCUAGCUGCCCUCAACCAGGAGCUGUCUAGUCUGAAUGACAAAUUGACACUUGAGCGACAGCAGUACCAGAACCUUUUGAGGGAGAAGCAAGCCAACUCACAGGAUCUGUUGCAAUUGCAACGUUUGCAGCAGGACCUCGCACACAAGGAGAAGUGCCUUGCGGACAUGACCGCGUUCGUAAACGCUGAGACUCAGCAGAAGAAUGAUGUGAUUCAGCAGCAGGCUCAACAGCUGCAAGCUCUAGAGCUGCAACGUGACGAGCUGGAAGCGCGCCAAAAUAACAGCAUCUUUGAGCUGGAACAGCGUAAACAGCUGGAUGCGGAGAACGCUGAACUCAAGCAAGAGGUGUGCACUGUCAGGCAGGCCCAGUCCGAGCUGCAGCGCGUUCACGGCGCUGAGUUGCAGAAGUUGCGACAGGAAUUGUCCGUCCUGGAGGCUCAUAAUGUGGCCCUUGGCCAACAGCUCACACAAGCCGCCAGCAGCGCCGUUCAGGCCACAGCCGCCCAGUCGGAGCAGGCUCAGGUUCAGACCGAAGCUCUGGCCCAGAAGCAGCAGGAGUUGAGUGUUCUGCGCUCGCAGGUUGGUUCACUAACUGAUGCUCAGGCGCAGCAGCAGAAGCAGGCCUCCGCACUGCAGUCGCAGCUUCAGGAGGCACAGCAGCGUGCCGAGCAGCUUCAGGCUAAGGAGCAACAGCUGCAAAAGGAGCUUCAGGAGCAGCGAGAGAAAAAUAAUGAUGUGCGUAUGAAAAAUUGGAAGUUGAUCGAAGCAUUGCAAAAUGCCGAAGCAUUAACUGCUAAGGCAACGGCUAAGACGAAAACAAAUACAGCGCAAUCCGUAGGCCAACAACACAAAGAGCUGCAGCAGCAGCAACAGAAGGCAGUGGUCGCUGCCAACGGAGGAGGAGGCAGUGCCAGUUCGGCAAAGAGCGAACAACAGAGGAUCCGGGAUCUCUACCAGCGUCUAUAUCCCGAUGCCGUUAAGGCGCAGUCGGGAAAUGCCCUGCAAGCAUCCUUUGACCAGUGGCUGGAACAGGUCCUGGCCACCCAUGUCAAGCAGCAACAGGAUAAGCUGCGGCAAAAGCUCGGGGCAGAGAAGCCCGAGAAGCAGAGCAGCAGCAGUAGUCAUAAGUCCACACAAUCAAACAAUAGUAGCAGUAGCAACCACAAUAGCACCCACAACAAUAUUAGUAGCAAUAAUAGUAGUUCGAAUAGCCAAUCCUCCUCCGCCGCCGAGCAGCAGGAGCUGCACAAACAGAACCUGCAGCUGCGGGAGUGCAACGACAAGCUCACCCAGUUGGUCACUAAAACGACCAACACGUUGAUAGAUUUGGAAGAGCGAGCUCGCGAGCAGGACGAGCACUGGCGUGGCAUCGUUGACCAGAAAGAGCAGCUAAUCCAGACACUGCAACAGCAUGCCUCCAACGGGGAAUAGGACAUUUAAUGUCAAAAGGACAGAAGAGAAGAAAUAGAAGAAGGAGGCCAACAACGACGAUAAACUGACAGGCAACCUUAGAGUUUGUCCAACUUCCAUAACAACAGCAACAGUAAAAAACAAACAACUCUAACAAUCUAUUAAGUUUAAAGUUAAUGUAACAAGAGAAAGGCAAGGAAAAAUAAGUAAACGUAAAGCAUGCCCCACAACAAGAACAAGAACAACAGCAACAUUUAACAUUUUAUAGUAGCAAAAACCAACAAUUAUGAGAAUGAGAAGAACUACGGAACGCUUUAAGAACUUAUAUACACAUAACUAAAGCAUGAUAAUGAUAACAAUCGAAACUUGUGCAAUGUUAAACGAGAAGAGAAGAAAAGCUAGCGAAGAAGGAAAAGCCAGGCUCUGAAGACAGUAGUAGGCAAUUUCCAACCAAGCCCUCCCUAUAAGAAAAACAAACAACCCGAAAAAAUCGUAACAAAAUCCAUUGCUGCUGCUACUUUCUAAAAUAUUAUUUAUCCCAUACUUCGCAUGCGAUUAUUAUUUUUGUGUUACACUUGCAUUUAAAAACGCGCUCUAAACAAUUGUAUAUGUAUGUUAUGUUAAGCAAAUGAAUUUAAAACCCAGCUACUUAAACGGCAAAUCCAUAAAAAUAAAUCAAACUAAAUUGUA